AUGACGGUGUACACACCGUCCACAGGUGGAGGACCUGACCCCUCUGUGGACACUCUGUCUCUGAGGCUCUGCAGAGAACUUGUGCACCAGGAUGAGGAUGACCCAGAGAGGGAGUCCAGUGAGAUGUCUGGAGGUCCAGCAGAGAGAGACACCUGUGGUCCCUCCACAUCAAGCCUCUCCUCCUCUGACCUCUCCACCCAUCACCACGCCGGUGUUUCUCCAUCCUCCUCAUCCCCCUCCGUCUUGUCUUUGACUCCACCCUUGCCUGCUUCUGUGGAGCUCCCAGCGUUGUUGACUGAUACAAGGCUGAACCUGGAUGUGUACAAGGGAGGAGCAGCUGCACUGCCUCUGCUCUGGGGGUCCAUCCCGGGUCAGCUGAGGGGCCUCUGGUACCUGAGACUGGGCUCUGAGGAGAGGCCAGGCCUGGAUGAUGCACUGGAUGUCCUACCACAGCUGUCUGAGCUGCGUUCACUGGCUGUUCGGGGACACUGUUUCUAUGACUCACAAGGUGACCCACUGCCUGGCCUCCUCACCACUUUGCCCGCAUCUGUUUCCCUCCUCUCUCAUCUGGUGCACCUGGAUCUCUCCUUCAACCAGCUCACCCGUCUGCCGUCCUGCCUUCUCAGCUUGCCUGUGCUGUCCUUUCUGCUUCUCUGUCACAACCACCUCUCAGAUUUACCCCCCGACAUAGGCCAGCUGUCCUCCCUCACCCACCUGUCCCUCCUGGGGAACGAGCUGGUCUCUGUUCCCCAGAGUCUGGGUCAGCUGAAAGCACUACAGACGCUGGAUAUUUCACAUAACCUUCUUCAGUAUCUACCUGAUGAAAUUGGUUCUCUGGAGGAGCUUGUUAAGCUGGAAUUGUCUCACAACAGGCUGAGGCAGCUACCAGAGAGCAUGGGCUCCCUCCUCGCCCUCAGGGAGCUCUUCAUCUACAGCAACGACCUCCGCAUGAUCCCACAUUGUCUGAACAAACUGCCUCUGCUGAAAAUAGAUGUGCGCGACAAUCCUCUGGGACAACCCCCAACCCCUCCUCCUCUCUCUCCUACACCUGAUCAAGAAGAAACGAAACUUCAAGAGUUGCACCUUGGAUAUAACCAGCACAGUUUCUGUGUUUCGUCUGCUGGGUGUCAUGUGUUUCUCCCAGGGGGGGCUGAGCUGCUGUUCCCCCCAGGGUGCCUGGUGACAACCACAAGACUGAAGUGGGUUGAGAGAAGGCCAGAAAGGAAGUGGGUGCGGCUGGAGGAGCAUGACAUUUUGCUGAGUCGUCCGUUGGAACUUCGUCCUCAUGGAAUUACAUUUAUAAAGCCUGUGGAUGUGUGUGUGCCAUAUCAUCGGUCAAAAAGAAGGGAGGUGGUGGUGCAGAGGUUUGACGGAGAGUCAUGGAGCACUCUGCCCACGGUUCUGAGGAGAGGAAGCGAGAGUCAUAGCAGCCGACCUGGUGGACGUCCAGCCAGGCUGGCCUGCUGUUCGGUGAGCCAGUUCUCCUGGUUUAUGGCCGUGUCCCGUCCAGUAGAGGACAGUUGCUCUGUUACACCAGCUGGAGCCCUGCUGAUAUCCAGCGCUGACCCCGGAGUUAAGCUCCACUUCCCUCCAGACUCCACUGUGCAGACCCGCACUAUAACAUUACAGGUGCUGCAGGUGUCUGUGUCGGAGGUUCAGGCACUGUGUGGUGAUCCUCAGGCUAGAGUUAGCCCUCUAAUCUGCCUCUCCCAGACCCCCAGCAUACAUUUCCUACAGCCCAUCAAAGUUCAGGUUCCUCUGCCAUCAGGAGUAACGGGCCACACAGUGGAUACGUCCUGUUUGUAUCUGCUACACGGAGACCCCACGGCCCAAACAUGGACUGACAUUACAUCACAAGUCUCUCUCUAUGUCACCCAUUUGUAUGCCAUAUUCUACAUUACACAUUUCUCCUGGUACUGGCUGUGGUACACCACUCAGCGGUGUGUUAGUGGCGUGGUCAGGAAGGUCUAUCAGAGGCUAAAACAGUUUAAAGUCCAGUUCCUCGUCCUCCAGAGGAAGACUGAUCCUUCACAAGUUAUGCUGCAGUGUUUACCUGCUAGCAAGGUGGACGGCAGAGUGCAGUCUUUGUCAGAGCAAUACGAUGGGCCUCUGCCCUCAGACCUGUGUGACCUGCUGGAAGGAGAGCAGUUCUUUGCUGGUUUUGAGAAGGGCUUAGAUAUCAGCACAGAGAGACCAGACUGUGUGGAGGGAAGACUGUGUUUUGAGUUUUACUCCAGCCUGAAGAAUCUGAAGGAGGUGUACAUCUGUCCAGCUCAGGGCCAGAAGGGGCCAGUGAGGGGACAAGUGUCUUUUUAUAGAGGGGAAUUUCCCAGCGAUCUGCCAGAGGAAGUGGCGAGAAAGAGGAAAGGACCCGACAGUCAGUGGCUUGCAACUUUACCAUUAAGACUUCCUGCUCUAAAUUCAGACAAUAGUUUCAUCAUGGAAGAGCUCCAGUAUCCUCCUCUGAACCUAGGUGACCCGGAGAGCGGCUACCUAACCGAGGCCAACCUGCUGUCCAUCUCUCUUCAGAUAGGACAAGACUGGCGUGUUAUCGGCAUCAACCUUGGCUUAAGCUACCAGGAGUUGGACCGCAUCCAGUACAAGUACAGGGACAACCUGGGAGCCUUGGUGUUGGACAUGCUGUUCCACUGGGCCGGGGGACAGAGGAAUGCAGGACCAGGAGCAGUGUCUCGGCUGGUGACCGCCAUGAUGGAGAGCGGCAGGAGAGACCUGGCAGAAGAGAUUGAGGACACUGUCAGUUUAGGAAGGAGAAAAUACUCAGAAUCACUGAGGCGGGUAGGACUGGAAGAACCCCACAACGCAGGAGUAGAUGAACCCACGCUGGGUGCAGAUGGCUGACUUACACUUGAGCAGCCUGUUUGUUUACAAUGUGUCCCCAUCAUCUCAUCCUGCUGUCCAAACAACUGUUAACUGGGGUACCAAAAAACAUCUCUCAACACAAUCAUGAUAGCCAGUCAACAGCUGGUGGCAGCUUUCAUGUGACCUACGGAAGACAGAUGAAAUGGAUGGACUGCAUAAAGAAGAUGAGCUGAGGCUUGUUUUUCCACUUUUUAAAAAAGGUCUCAGUUUUCAACACCAUGAAAGCCAAAUUCUGCCGGGAAAAGACAAACAUUUGUGAAAAGUUAUAUAAGUAAAUACUCAUGGUAAUUCAAAAUGAUGAAGUCACCAUUUUUGACUUAAUAUUUUUGCUUAGUGUGUCCUAAUUUUGACGUAAUACCUCAUAAUUGUGAAUUACAGCAAUAUGAUAAUUGACUCAUUAUCAUCAUUUUGACUCGUUAUCCCAUAAUUUGACCUUGUGUUACAUAAUUGUGACCUAUCAUAUCAACAUUUAGGCUUAAUAAGUCAAAAUUUAGAAUUUAUUUUCUUUUACUUACUGUCUUACUCAGUAAGUCAGAUUUUUGACUAUGCUGUCAUUUUGGCUGAUUUAUUUUGGACUCACCACAAGUAGUUUUAAUCAAUUUCAUAUUUUUUUUCAUUUCUUAGCAGACAUUUUGUCAUUCACUUUUUGCUGUUUGUGGUCGGGGUUAAGAGGCAAAGCAAACACUGGGAGCUGUUGGUCUAUAAAGACCUGGACUACUUACUGAAAGUGCAACAGGAGGCCAUUGUAUGGUUGAUUAAAUGUCUUCCUUGUGUGCCUUUUGGUCACCUAGAAACCGGCUGAGCUGCAGCACAUAUCAGUGACAUAUCAGGACAUAUGAUCUUUUUUAAAUGCAAGUAUGAAU